GCGCUGUGUCUCUGUAACUUGAAAUUUUCUUGUGCUCCAAACACUGAUUUAUUAUAAUUUUCUCACAAUGUACCUCUGAGGAAGUUCCUUCAGUUUAAACUUUAAACAAUGGCUAAUAAUCACAGAAACGGUACUACUCACAGGAGCUCUCUCAACAAGAUAGACAGACCACUUUCUGUCAAUUCAAACACCAAACCAGCUUCCAAGUCCAAGUCCUUACCUGUUUCCGGACUCCGAAAGAGCACUCCAGCUUCUCUUGCCGCCGCCUCCGCCGCCUUCAAGGACGAUGCUGGAGUUCCUGGGAGGGUUCGGGUGGCUGUAAGAUUGAGAUGCCGUAAUGCCGAGGAAAUGGUGGCAGAUGCUGAUUUUGCUGAUUGUGUUGAAUUACAGCCUGAGCUUAAAAGGUUGAAACUACGGAAAAACAAUUGGGAUGCUGAGACCUAUGAGUUUGAUGAAGUGCUUACUGAGUUUGCAUCACAAAAACGUGUUUAUGAAGUUGUUGCGAAGCCUGUUGUGGAGAGUGUUCUGGAAGGUUACAAUGGAACAGUCAUGGCAUAUGGACAAACUGGUACUGGUAAAACAUAUACUCUUGGACGACUUGGAGAAGAAGAUCCAGCUACUCGUGGAAUAAUGGUGCGCGCUAUGGAGCAUAUAUUAGCAGAUGUUUCUUUGGAGACUGAUUCUGUCACAGUCUGCUACUUGCAGCUUUAUAUGGAGACUAUACAAGACCUUCUUGAUCCUACUAAUGAUAACAUUUCUAUUGUGGAAGACCCAAAAACUGGAGAUGUUUCACUACCUGGGGCUACCUUAGUUGAAAUUAGGGACCGACAGAGUUUUGUGGAAUUAUUAAAAUUAGGGGAAGCCCACCGCUUUGCUGCAAAUACAAAAUUAAAUACUGAAUCGUCUCGUAGUCAUGCUAUUUUGAUGGUACAUUUAAAGCGAUCUAUUGAGGGAAGAGAUAUGACUCAUUCAGGUGAAAAUGGUAACAAUAAUCACAUAAUUAAAGCACUUAAGCCUCCUAUUGUCCGAAAGGGAAAACUAGUUGUUGUAGAUCUUGCCGGUUCAGAGCGAAUUGAUAAAUCAGGGAGUGAGGGACAUACACUUGAGGAAGCUAAAUCUAUCAAUCUCUCCUUGAGUGCUUUAGGGAAGUGCAUUAAUGCCCUGGCUGAAGGUAGUGCACAUGUUCCAGUUAGAGAUUCAAAGCUUACUAGAUUGCUUCGGGAUUCAUUUGGAGGCACAGCCAGAACUUCACUUGUUAUUACUAUUGGUCCAUCUCCACGUCAUCGAGGCGAGACAGCCAGUACUAUAAUGUUUGGACAGAGGGCUAUGAGGGUGGAAAAUAUGUUGAAACUAAAGGAAGAGUUUGAUUACAAAAGUUUGUCUAGAAGACUAGACAUACAACUAGACAAACUAAUUGCAGAGCAGGAAAGGCAGCAGAAAGCAUUUGAGGAUGAAAUUGAAAGAAUCACUUUGGAAGCUGAAAGUCGAAUUUCUGAGGCUGAGAGAAAUUAUGCAGAUUCAUUGGAGAAAGAAAGAUUGAAAUAUCAGAAAGACUAUAUGGAAUCAAUAAAGAAGCUUGAGGAAAAAUGGGUGAUAAAUCAGCAAAAGCAGGGCAGUGAAACAAUCAUCAUUGGAUCAAAAGAUGGUACAUCAAAUGAAAGGGGUUCCAUGAUGUCUGUUGUUGAGGAACUUGCAGAGGUCAAAAAAUUGCUUCUGAAAGAAACUCAAUCAAGGAAGGCUACUGAAGAGGAAGUUAAUAAUCUCAAGAGCCAAGUAGCUCAAUGGAAAAGAUCAGAGGCAUUAGGAAAUACCGAGAUCUUAAAACUUCGCAAGAUGCUGGAAGAUGAGGCACAUCAGAAAAAGAAACUUGAAGGGGAGAUAGCACUACUACAAAGUCAGUUGUUGCACAUAAGUUUUGAAGCUGAUGAGACUAGAAAAAGGCUUGACAAGGGUGGAUCUGACAAAGUUCGUGGUGGCUUCGAUUCUCUAAUGAAUCAAGUUAGGCAUGCACAACUCCAAGAUUCAGGAAAUGGAGAAAAGGCCUCAAUAGCCAAACUCUUUGAACAAGUGGGAUUGCAUAGGAUCUUGUCAUUACUGGAAGCUGAAGAUGCUGAUGUGCGCAUUCAUGCUGUAAAAGUGGUAGCAAAUCUUGCUGCAGAAGAAUCAAAUCAGGAGAAGAUUGUAGAAGCAGGUGGUCUUUCAUCCUUGCUGAUGCUACUUAGAAGUUCUGAGGAUGAGACCAUACAUAGGGUUGCAGCUGGUGCAAUAGCCAAUCUUGCAAUGAACGAAACCAAUCAAGAACUCAUAAUGGCUCAAGGGGGCAUUACUUUGUUGUCAAUGACAGCAGCCAAUGCUGAGGAUCCUCAAACCCUCCGAAUGGUUGCUGGAGCCAUCGCUAAUCUGUGUGGCAAUGAUAAGCUGCAGUCAAAGUUAAGAGCUGAAGGAGGUAUCAAAGCUUUGCUUGGGAUGGUCAGAUGUGGACAUCCUGACGUUCUUGCACAGGUUGCUCGUGGGAUAGCAAACUUUGCAAAAUGCGAGUCAAGAGCCUCAACUCAAGGAACUAAAAGUGGAAGGUCUCUUCUGAUUGACGAUGGUGCACUUCCAUGGAUUGUACAGAAUGCUAACAAUGAAGCCUCACCAAUCCGGCGCCAUAUUGAGCUUGCCCUUUGCCACUUAGCACAACAUGAAGUGAAUGCAAAAGACAUGAUUAGCGGAGGUGCCUUGUGGGAGCUAGUUCGCAUCUCACGAGAUUGUUCACGGGAAGACAUAAGAACACUUGCACAUCGAACCCUGAGUUCCAGCCCUGCUUUUGAAGCUGAAAUGAAGCGACUACGUAUAAAUUAUUGAGGUGAAGAGUAUAAACGAAUUCCGUUAAGAUAAACAAGCAGGAAUACGUAGAGGUGUUCCUCUUGAAGUUUUGGUAUAAAAUUAAAAUGUAGCAACAGAGAGAAUAGAGGAAGACUGAAUUUGUUAUAUGAUAAUUCCUUGUGUAGCUUCUAAUUUAUGUAUAAAUUGAUUUGUAUAUGUAUGUAUUUAGUGGGUAGAAAGAAGGGUUGCCUUGUAAAGAAAUAAAUUCAGAAUUUGAUUUGUUUGA